AGCAAACUGUGCAGGUGUUAGAAGUGACAGUAGGAGACACAUUUGGAAAACUCAAUGGCUUCUCAAAGGAGAUUCAAUCCAGGGGACCUGAAGACCCUGAUUACCAAGGGACCCCGCAAGAGGCUCAUUGCUGAUAUUGUUGAAGAGGAUGAGGAAUUUGGCUUCCCAUGGGAGAAGUCACAGCCCAGGGACAGUGUCCUGGGGACUAAGCAAAGACGGAUGGAGUCCCGGAGACUCCGAAAGUGGGUCAAAAUGUUGGAAAACUAUUGCAAGUACCGCAGCACUGAGAAGGUACUGUGGAAGGGAGCGCCCCCUGGGGACCACACUGAGAAGCACAGGGAUGAGCAGUGUCCUUAGCUGGGCUGGACAUCUCUGCCUCUCAGACACCCGGGCUAACUGUCCUGCCCUGAAGAACAUGGGUCACCUAAACCCCAUGUCCACACAUGCAGGGGACUCUCCUAGGAAACAGGCCAGGGUCACCACUGUGGAAAUGCCCAGAUGCAGAUCCCACAGAGAGCAGGCAGUGCAUGCCAACCUGGGCCCUCAGCCCUGCCCCUCCUCUCACUGUGGGUCACCAGGCCCAGGCAGACCCUCCCUCUGCUGACACCACAUGGAGUCCAUGGAUUCCCCCCUCUGGUCCCUCCCCUGAUGCGUCUCCCCCAGAGUGCCCAUGGCCCCACUCUCCUGAGCCCCCUCUCUCCUGCAGUUCCACCAGAGAUGCUGCAAGGGAAUCCCCAGCAGGAUGCGGGGAAGAGUGUGGAAAAUACUUCUGGAUGUGGAAGCAAAGAAGGCCCAGAACCCGGGGACAUUUGAGAUGCUGAAAGAGCAGGCCCGUCUGCAUCGUGCUCAAUUUCAUCAGAUUCACGCUGCAGUGUACUGGACAUUCCGAAAUCAC